AUGCACUCAAUCAACCUGUUAGGUCGGCUUUUAAUGUUUAAAAGUGGACGCAAAAUUUUCCCUGUUCAUAUGCUUGAUAUGCUUGUUGCUGUCAGUGUACCUCAGCUGUUGAUUUCACUUUGCACCCUCAUCAUCAGUUCAACAUCUUUACCCUACAACCUUGAUUGUGCUGAGUAUCUGAACCCAGCUAGCCUAGCUACUGAAGUGAUGAAUAACCUUUGCAGUAAAGAAGAUGUUUGUUCCAUUUGUCUGUGUAAAGAUACAGUAACAGAGACUCUGAUGCUUCCCAUUACACAAUGGCUUGAUUCUUACAAGAAGAACAGUCAUCUGCUGACAAUAAAUGAAAGAGUUCUUCUGCAAGUCAUUGAUAUUUUGUGUCAAAUGGCAUCUACAUCCAAUGGCAGAAAGCAUUUGCUUUUUGGAGAAGACAAAGACCUUUUGUCCAAAUCCUUGAAUUCUGCUGCCCAUAAAAUUGCUGAAUUUUGUAGUCUUUGUCUCAAAAGUUUGACAACUGGGAAAUAUUCAAAGUUGCCAUCUCAAAAAGUUAUCAGUGAGUCAUUGUACCUGUGCCGUUUACUCUACAACACAUGUGAAGGAUUUUAUGUUCUUCAAGACUACAAAUUACAUAUUGUCAUCAUGGAAGCCUGGAAAAAGGCAUGUUUGGAAUCUGAAAGCACAGCCACUCCUGUCCCUACUGACACAGACAGUGAUGACAGUUUCUCUUCAGAGAGUGGUCCCAAUUGGGAACUGAUCCUGCAAGACAACCUAUUGAGUGUGGCAAGCUGUGCUAAGGGAGUCCUGCUUCUGGAACAGUUAGGCCUGCUGUAUCAGUGUGCUGCAUAUAUGAACAGUCGUGUGUCAAAAGAACUCCAAGUGAGCAAAUAUGAAAAGUUUGGCUAUGGCUCGAUGAUCAGUGUCUUUGCUGCCACAGCCGCUGGAGUUCAAGCCCUGCAGUCUACAGGUUUUGUCCAGUUCCAGUUGGUUGAUACUUGGUCAGCCUUGGAAUGCCCUAUAUCUGAUACUCCACCAAUUCGACCAAAAUGCUGGCCCACUGAAGUUAUUGACCGAUCAUGCCAAAAGCAACUGGUUCGCUUAUCCACACUGCUGUAUGCAUUUCCUGCUGUCUAUGAAUUAUUAGCCAAUGAAGAACUUGCCAACAAAGAAACAUACAGUUUCAGGGAAAUACCCCAAACUUUAGCUGACUUCAUGGAUCGACUCAUCAUCCUUAACAGUCCAUCAAAAAUCCAUUCCUUGUUUAAUUAUGAAGAAUCUCAUGGCUUUGGAUUAAGGGUUCUAAAUGGAUUGGUCUGUUCCCUGGAUACUUGCCUACUGCUGCAGACACAGUACCAGUUCCAAGAAUUAUUCCUCAAAGCACAAGCUGACUCUGCAUUGACGGCUGGUGAUGAUAAUUCCAUUAUGAUUGACAUGUUGUCAGUAGAAAGAAAUCACAUUCUGGUCCGGUCUUAUUUGAUUGGUGGAUCAACUGAGCGAAUUCUACCAGCCCAAGUCCUGCAACAGGAUUCUGCAAAGCCUUAUCCAUUCCCACUAUUCUCAAAAUUUCCAGUUCCUGCUUCUUACAUUCCUGAAAUACGAAAAUGGAAUCAUACAAACCAAGAUAAUGAUCUUAUGAAAAAAUUGUCUCACUCAAAAGAUAACAACCAAAGUUCAUUACGUCUGAAAGAAUUGCAUACCCUUGUCUCUGAUGUGCUCCUCAAUCAACCAAAUCAGCUGCAAGGAACAGUUGUGCAGUAUCUGCUUGAGGAAGUUACCUCAGCCCUCCUUGAUUCAUCUGAGGGUGCCAUCUUCCCAUAUCCAGCCACUAUAUACCCUGAAACAGCCCAUGAACAAGGUACCUUGUCUCCUCUCCAAGUAAUGGGAUCAAAGAUGGUCAUUAGAUAUGGAGAAACACUUGGCUUGUUGUCAGAAAAUGGGGAUUACUUUGAUGGAUUACGUCAACUGCUUCAACUCACAAGUGCUCAUCUAUCUCAUCAACAGCAAACAAUAAGAAAGAAACCAAUUGACAAUCAACCAAGUAUCCUUUAUUGUUUGUGUCAGGAUAACACUUCAUUUUGCUUAAACAGGCAGUUCACAAAUUAG